AUGGGAAACAUAUGUUCUUGUUUUAAGAAGAAAUCUAAAAAAAUUCCUGAAAAAAAGCGCACACCACCGCCAGCCCCUCCUUUACCACCUAAACAACCAUCUCCUGUAAUCAAACAACCUUCACCUGAUUCGUCUAUGACUAAAAGCGAUGAUACAAGCAGCCCGGCACAGAAUUCAUCCAAAUCCUCAGUUUCCGUUAGCAAGGUUAGAUAUUCCCCACAGCCCACGUACAGACCCGUCAUAGUACCUAAGGCCAUUCCUACGCGUUAUGAUCCCAAAGGUAAUCCUAUUCCGCCGGAUCACAGUUGCAUAGUGGGUCCACGUAAAAUUCCGUACCAGCAUAAGGUGAUGGAAAGUGAGAAGGCCGCCGAUUAUAAUUACAAAUGGAAGAAAGAAACUACUCAUGUUCAAGGAGGUGGUUCAGGUACAGACGGGAGCGGAGGAGUAUCCACGUACUAUUUAGAUUGGAGCAAAAAGAAAAAUGGGCCUAACACCGAGGAAGAUAAAAAUGCAGCAAUUAAAACUAAACCUGAACAUACUUUACCUGGACCAGAACCUCCGCCUCCGGCAACAAUUAAAAUUAAAAAUGAGAAGGAAAAAACUGCACCAGGUCGGGAACUAUCCCCCAAGAAGAAUUAAUACUUCCAAAAUUAGUAUUACCAGAAUUAGAAAAGAAAGAAACAUCAAUUGUAAAACCUUUAAGUUUUCUUACAUUA